AUGAGUCUAGCUGUUUGCUUCAACGACCUGCUGUUCAAAUACCUGGAAUCGACUGUGAUUAACCACAACGACAACUUCUACGUACAGAAAGCCGGCAUUUGCAUCGGAUCUCGCGUCGCUCCAGUGCUGAGCGAUCUCCUUUUGGCUCAGUUCGACCGAGGCCUCGAGGCCAGCGGGUUGCCCAAUGUCGUCAAAAUUUUCCGCUUCGUUGGCGAUUUUCUUGUGCUUUUCAAGAGGACCACCGAGAAAGCCACACAAGAAAUAGAAGAUUUCUUCUCGAGGUUCUGCAAGGCGUUCCCAGGACUGACUCUUACUAAGGAACUUCCUGAGGAUGGUCGCAUCCGCUUCCUCGACCUCGAGCUUCACUUUACCCCAGGACAUGCCUGUUGGAUUUACGCCUCCCGUUCUAGGAAACGCCUACUUCCCUACGCCUCCAACAACUCGAAGCUAGUUAAACGUGCCGUUGCUCUUGCCGCCAUGAAUAACGCACUCAUGGGGUCGUGUUCCCAUCAGAUUCCCCAAAGUCUUGCCUCUCAAAUCAAUCGACUAAAAGCAGCUGGAUUUCCUGAGUUUCUUCUAUGUGACCUUGCUGAAACCUUGUUGCGCAAGCUCAAGAAAACUAGUGAUGUGCCUCGGAAAAACACCGACAAGACAAAAACUGCUGUCAUUCCGGACGUACACCAAGUGUCCCAUAGGAUAAAGAAGGCAGCAGGACGCGCAGGUGUCAGGGUGGUGUUCGCCCCCAACAAACUUGGAGGCCUGUGCAAGCGUGUGAACCCAAACGUGAACGUGCUUCCGUCGAAACAUUCAAACCCGCCGCGCGAGGACCAGGGCAUGCGUCUUCGAUAUUUGGACAGCCCGCCGCCGCAUGCGUCGACGUCAACAGCAUGA